AGAAAUUCCAAACUAAAAAUCCCACGCAAAAGCUAUCCACCAACAACAAACAACUCUUCUUACAUGCAACACCAACAUCACUAACGCAUUUUCAAUUUUCAGUAUAUUUUCACUCCCACGCGCGCUUACUUCCUCCCUUCCCCUCGGCGCGUGCCAUGGGCGCGUCGCUGUCGUCGAACGGUUCGAGCAUCGGCCCGGGCCUCGGGGACAUACCGGAGAGCUGCGUGGCGUGUGUGUUCCUCCACCUGACGCCGCCGGAGAUCUGCAACCUCGCCCGCCUCAACCGCGCCUUUCGCGGCGCCGCCUCGUCGGACUCCGUCUGGGAGGCGAAGCUGCCGCGCAACUACCAGGAUCUGCUAGAUCUCGUGCCGCCGCCGGAGCGCCAUCACCGCAGCCUCUCGAAAAAGGACAUAUUCGCGCUCCUCUCCCGCCCCCUCCCCUUCGACCACGGCCAUAAGGUGGGUGUUGCACUUCAGGAAGUGUGGCUGGACAGAGUCACCGGGAAGGUUUGCAUGUCCAUUUCGGCGAAGGCGAUGGUGAUUACCGGCAUUGAUGACCGGAGAUACUGGAAUUGGAUUCCUACUGAAGAAUCUAGGUUUCACACUGUGGCAUAUUUGCAGCAAAUAUGGUGGUUUGAAGUGGAUGGGGAGGUUUCGUUUCCAUUUCCUGCUGAUAUUUAUACUCUCUCCUUUCGACUUCACCUUGGACGGUUUUCCAAAAGGCUAGGGCGGCGUGUUUGCAAUUAUGAUCACACCCAUGGUUGGGAUAUAAAACCUGUGAAAUUUGAGUUUUCUACUUCAGAUGGUCAGCAAGCAUCAUGUGAAUGCUGUCUGGAUGAAACUGAGAUUGAUGAUACAUAUGGCAAUCAUAAGCGUGGAUACUGGGUAGAUUACAAGGUGGGCGAGUUUAUUGUCAGUGGAUCGGAGCCUACAACUCAAGUUAGAUUUUCCAUGAAACAGAUCGAUUGUACACAUUCCAAAGGUGGGCUUUGUGUAGAUGCUGUAUUUAUUGUACCUAGUGAUUUGAGAGAGCGAAAGAGAAGAGGCAUUUUGAAAUAGCCAUGUGCAGAAUAGGAAGCUUAUUUUUUUAGUGGUGUCAGACAUCCUAGAAUACUCACUCUAUUGGGGAUCUAUCACACAGCAGCUUAUACACUGAAAAAAGUUUACAAUUUGGAGAAUGUCAUAAUUUUCUGUUUUUUUUUUUUAAUUUUUUAAUUUUUUUAAUUUUUUUUGCCUGUAGGUGUGUAUUCUCUAUAGCUUUGUAAUUAUAAUUUCUAUUCAAUGUAUUUUAGUUGUUUCCACAUUAGGCUGUUAAAUUUAUUUGUUUCGAGGAAAAAAGAACUUUGCCCUUGCCUGCCUCGGUUGUUCUUUAUGCCUUCCGAAACUUGGUUGAGUCGGUCAUAAAUGUUGAAACCGUGUUAUAUAGUACAAUGCAGUUAUUUUGUUUAAGGCA